AUGAAUCGCAACUUUCUUGAUCAUUAUAACAAUAAACCCAACUUCUACUAUGCUAACUGGGAUUUAUGCAAAAUUGCCUCACUGAUGGCAAUCGGAAUUUUUAAUGGUAAUGCUAUUAUGUAUGAACUUUCUGAUGCCGUAGUUGCUAAUGGUGCUCUUUUUUUCUCAUUUGAUGCAAAUCACACCGAAGAGGGUUUAGAGAAGGCCCACACUUUAAUUGACUUUCCUCUGCUUGGAGUAAUUGGGCAGCAAGGAUAUAAUCAGAACGUGGAUCUCUAUGCCACAUCUGGCAACCAAAUUCUCAACGGCUGGGAAGGUGUACUGCCAGUUGUUGCGAGUAAAUCCCGAUUUGAUAUUCGUUCUGGUUUCGAGGCAAUCUAUUCGCACUAUGCAGAGAUCAAAGGUCUCAAUGCAUUAUGGUCGAGAACGUAUCGGGAUUAUAUCAAUAAGAUUUUGAAAGCCAAUAUUGAGAGUGUUGAUGGUGAUUACAGCCCAAAUUCUGGCGGUUAUAAUGCUUUGGGACACGGCACCCUUAUGUAUCGCUUGGGAAAAUCUUGGUAG